AUGACUCUCAAAGGCUUGGUCUCACUUGUCAUCAAUUUAAUUGGCCUACCUGAGGGACAAAGGAACAAUGAUGACCCUUUACCUUCUUACAUGAUUCUCACACAAAGGAACAAGCAGCAGUCAUCUGAAUCUGCAGCAGCAUCCAAUUUCAGUGAGGAUUGCUGGUGUUGUGUGUGCUUGUCAAGGUUGAAGGCCAGAGAUGAAAUCCGUGUCCUUCCUUGCUCUCACAAAUUCCACAAGAUUUGUGUAAAUAGAUGGCUUAAGGGUCACCACAAAACAUGUCCACUCUGCCGUUUCUCAUUGGGAGCCGAGGAGAAGUCUCAUCGUGCUGAAAUGUUCACUGAAGAGAUGCUGAUAUGGUUUUCUUCUUUCCAUAUAGCUGAAAACAAACUUAAACAAAUUGGCUUUGUUGUCUGA